CGCUUUGCGGGCGGCGGCGGCGCGGCCGGAGCGCUUUGGCGGUUGCACCGGGCAAGAUGGCGGACCGCGAAGAAGCGUUGAGGGAGUUCGUGGCCGUGACCGGGGCCGAGGAGGAGCGGGCGCGCUUCUUCCUGGAGUCGGCGGGCGGGGAUCUGCAGAUUGCCCUGGCUAGUUUCUACGAAGAUGGUGGCGACGAAGACAUCAUGACGCUCCCCCAGCCCACCUCCAGUUCCGUGACGAGAGGCACUGCAGCCAGCGACCACAGGGUGACCUCCUUCCGCGAUCUCGUCCAUGCUCAGGAAGAGGAGGAAGAGGAGGAAGAAGGACAAAGGUUUUAUGCUGGUGGGUCCGAACGGAGCGGGCAGCAGAUUGUUGGCCCCCCAAGGAAGAAGAGUUCGAACGAGCUGGUGGAGGACCUGUUCCGGGGGGCCAAAGAACACGGGGCGGUGGCUGUCGACAGGACAGCUAAGAGCCCCGGGGAAGGCAGCAGGCCAAAGCCGUUUGCAGGAGGAGGGUACCGCUUGGGAGCUGCCCCCGAGGAAGAGUCCGCUUACGUGGCGGGAGAAAUGAGGCCGAACGCUGCCCAGGAUGUUCACGUGGUGCUCAAGAUGUGGAAAAGCGGGUUCAGCCUAAACAGCGGCGAGCUGAGGAGCUAUCAAGAUCCUUCCAACUCCCAGUUCCUGGAGUCCAUCCGUCGGGGAGAAGUCCCGGCUGAGCUCCGUCGGUUGGCCCGUGGCGGGCAGGUGAACCUAGACCUGGAGGACCACCGCGACGAGGAUUUUGUGAAGAGCAGGGGUACCUUCAGGGCUUUCACCGGAGAGGGCCAGAAGCUAGGCAGCACUGCCCCCCAAGUGAUGGGGUCCAGCUCACCCUCGCAGGAGGCGGAGAACGAAGCCAAGGCCCGUUCCCUGAUCACCAUCGAUGAGACGGAGCCCACCACCAACAUCCAGAUCCGGCUGGCAGACGGAGGGCGUCUUGUACAGAAAUUCAACCACAGUCACAGGAUCCGUGACAUCCGGCUGUUCAUCGUGGACGCCCGGCCGGCUAUGGCGGCCACGGGCUUCGUCCUCAUGACCACCUUUCCCAACAAGGAGCUUUCGGACGAGGACCAGACCCUGAAGGACGCCAACCUCCUGAACGCCGUCAUCGUCCAGCGGUUCGUAUAAGGGAAAGCUGCCCGCCGGUCCACAUCGCGUCAUUCUGUCUUCACGUGGUUCACCGCCCCUGCUCCCCCCCCCCCGCCGUGGAAAGGCGGCCACCCGGUGAUCACGCCAGUUUUCCACCUCUCGGGUUGCGAAUUCCCCUAAUUGGGUUUCUUCUCUUUUUAAUUUUUUUUCCCCUUCCUUCUUCUUCUGUGCUGAUCCACGGACUUUGACGAAAGAAACGAAAUUAACCAAACCGAGACUGUUUUUGUGUUUCCCGGUGGGCCUGCCGGAGCCCAGCUGGAUAGUGGAGGCAGUUGGGAAGUUGGGAGCGCCACGGGAGAGGUGUGUGUGUGUAUGGGGGGGGGGAUCAGAAUCUCUUCUGGGUCCUGUUUUGGAGUGGGUGCCCCCCCCUCAUUCUUCCUUCUCUUUUUGGUGUAUUAAAAAAAGUGAACCCCAAA